AUGGGAGGUCACUCGGCGUGGAGAAAACGCGUAAAGCGUGGGGAAUUGGCCAAGGGAUCGGGAGGAGCCAUCAUGCGACAUCGUCCUCACUUUGGCAGGAAAGGCAAAGAUUUGAUUUUGAAUCGAAAGGGACACAUUGCAGGAGGCAAUCCAAAGAAAAGGAAAAAGAAGCGGAAAAAUGAUGAGGAGGAGGAAGAAUACGAAUCAGAAGAAGAUGAAAUAACUAUGCAGACUGAAACAAAAUCUUCUGUGGCGAUUCAGAAGACGAUGCUCCGAGUUACAAUGGCUGUAGUUUUUGUCUAUGCGGCAAGCUACCUCUUCUUUGCAACAUUCUACCCAACCAACCAAGCUUUCUUCACUUUCCCAAGAUGA